AUGAGGCGAGUGGUACGGCAGAGCAAGUUCAGACACGUGUUUGGCCAGGCUGUGAAGAAUGACCAGUGCUAUGAUGACAUCCGGGUCUCCCGAGUCACCUGGGAUAGUUCCUUUUGUGCGGUCAACCCCCGAUUUGUCGCCAUCAUUGUGGAAGCCAGUGGGGGCGGGGCGUUCCUCGUGCUGCCCUUGCACAAGACUGGCCGAAUCGACAAGUCCUACCCAACAGUAUGUGGCCACACAGGCCCCGUGCUCGACAUCGACUGGUGUCCACACAAUGACCAGGUCAUUGCCAGUGGUUCAGAAGAUUGCACAGUGAUGGUAUGGCAGAUUCCAGAAAAUGGCCUCACUCUUUCCCUGACUGAACCCGUGGUGAUUUUGGAAGGCCAUUCCAAGAGAGUUGGCAUAGUGGCCUGGCAUCCAACCGCACGCAAUGUUCUGCUCAGUGCAGGUUGUGAUAAUGCCAUCAUCAUUUGGAACGUGGGAACAGGGGAAGCCCUCAUCAACCUGGAGGACAUGCAUUCAGACAUGAUCUAUAAUGUCAGCUGGAAUAGAAAUGGCAGUCUGAUAUGUACGGCCUCCAAAGACAAAAAAGUGAGAGUCAUUGAUCCUCGGAAGCAAGAGAUCGUGGCUGAAAAGGAAAAGGCACAUGAAGGAGCCCGGCCCAUGCGAGCCAUCUUUUUGGCAGAUGGCAAUGUCUUCACCACUGGUUUCAGUCGAAUGAGUGAGCGGCAACUGGCCCUCUGGAAUCCGAAAAAUAUGCAAGAACCUAUCGCCCUUCAUGAAAUGGACACCAGCAAUGGAGUGUUACUGCCAUUCUAUGACCCCGAUACCAGCAUCAUCUAUUUAUGUGGGAAGGGUGACAGCAGCAUCCGCUACUUUGAGAUCACAGACGAAUCCCCCUAUGUCCACUACCUCAACACUUUCAGCAGCAAGGAGCCUCAGAGGGGAAUGGGCUACAUGCCCAAGAGAGGGCUCGAUGUUAACAAAUGUGAGAUUGCCAGAUUCUUCAAACUCCAUGAGAGGAAGUGUGAGCCCAUUAUCAUGACUGUUCCAAGGAAGUCUGACCUUUUCCAGGAUGACCUGUAUCCAGACACAGCAGGACCAGAGGCCUCCCUGGAGGCAGAGGAGUGGUUUGAGGGGAAGAAUGCUGACCCACUCCUCAUUUCCCUGAAACAUGGCUAUGUUCCUGGCAAGAAUCGUGACCUCAAGGUGGUCAAGAAGAACCUACUGGACAACAAGCCCUCGGCCAACAAGAAAGUUGGCCUGAUAGGCCCUGCCAAGGGGGUGGCUGAUGGAGUGGGCACCAUGCAAAACGAAGCCAAGCUGGAUGAGAUCUUAAAAGAGAUUAAAUCCAUCAAAGACACUAUCUGCAAUCAAGAUGAGCGCAUUUCCAAGUUGGAGCAGCAGAUGGCCAAGAUAGCCGCGUGAAAGGUGGGGACGCAGGCAGGAGAGCCGGGGCUGGCUGUGCCAGGGAGGGACUGCCAACUGGCCCCCGUGUCCCGGCCAGCCGCCAUCGAAAAAGUGGAGCUUCUUAGCAAAGCCUUUCCCAUGUUUUAAGUGUUCUGUGACUCUUUGUUGAACUUGAAAGAAACAAAAACAAGUGCUCCUUUUAAAGUUCCCGACGUUCUGACUUUGGAAACCAAACCAUUCAGAUCCAGUGUUGUGCCCAAGCCUCCUUGACCAUUAUUGUUGUUGUUGUUGUUGCAAAAUAGGGACCAAUGGAUGCCACGUCGCUCUGUAGAGUUCAUUUUUUUAAACUUGCCAAAACCCAAAGUAGCUUUUUUCCCUCUGUAUUUGCUACUUUGCAGUAUUUGUGUGUGUGUAUUUUUCCUUAAUUUGAAAGGGACAGCACUGUGUAUGUUUAUAAAAUGAAGAUAAAAUAUUAUUUUAUAUAAACAUUCAUCUUAGAACAAUCAGAGCAGUAGCCACAUUGUGCUGCCUCAUCUGUGGCAUGAAGGGAGUCAGGGGAACGACGUGGCCAAAGGAAGCCUUGAACAAUCCCCAGGGUGGCGCUGCCCUGCCCUCCUGCCCUCCCGCCUUGGGAUUUUGGACCUGCCUCUUCUCAUUGCCCUUAGUGUGAAGCCAGGCACCCCGUCUCCCCUUCUCCUCCCUCCUUCUCUAGAUGGUGGGCAGUCACAUCAUCAUGCAGUCGAAAUUGCCCUUCAGUCAUCGCGGGCUUCCUUCCGGCUCUCAGGAGGCAGCUCAGUCUAGACUGGCAUGGGUGCUGGCGUCUUGGCCAUUUCUUACUUGAAGCAUCAUGUUUUCAGGUUCUGGGCUAGUGCCUGGCAGGCAUGGAUGCCCUAGGACAAGGAAGUGGGCAUGUAGUGACUUUCUCUGUGCUGCCUGCCCAGCGCUUGGGUACCAACCACAUGAAACUCAGAAGGGGAACGAGCAUGUAUCCUGCAGUCUUGCCUUUUCUAUUACGUUUUCCAGUCUUGCUCUGAUGCCAUGCCAGAGGAAAAAAAUAUUCUCUUUCCACUAACAAAGCGCCCUUCCCUUUGCUAAGUCCACACAUACAACAUUACUGUACUCAGGGCCCCCCCUCCCCUGCAUUUUGUUCUCCCUCCCUCCCUUUUUUCAACCAUACUUCCCAUUAAGCUUCUGAGACUCGUGGACAGAAAUUGCCUGGUGCAUGUUGAAGCGAGUGGUCUGUGACAAAGACACGAGUGAUAAAGUACCUGGAGUCCAAUUGGGCCCCUCCUUUGGCCCUCAUCCCCUUGCCCAGGGCUGCCCCUUUAGUACCCAUAGCCCCGCAUGUGCUGGCAUGCUCAGCCUUUCCCAGCGGGCAAGCGCCAGGCUCACUGAGCCUCAGGGCAGCGGAGGCCUGGCCUCUGUUCAUCUGUCUCUUUGGUGUGUGUAGAUUAAGACUUCUAUGGAAGGACUGAGUGUCUUGGUUUGAAUGUGGAAAGUCUGAUGGUGGGAUGGGGAAGGGAGAUUCUGUGGCCAUUAGUGUUGUGAGGAGAGGAGAGGAGAGGAGCGUGGGAAGGCCAGGCUGGCCUUGUGGCUUUGGCUUGGGAUCUGAGACAACAGCCGACACUGGGACGGCUGGCCCCAAGAGUGGAGAGCAUCCAGAUGUUUGGUGUUUGCCCCUUUUGUGCGGAAGUAAAAGACAGACGGUGACCAGAGAGGUGUGUGUUGUUCGGAGCCACCCAGUCUUCCAAGACCCUUCCAUUGGCAGAUUGGGACACAGAAGAGAAACAGAUCAGACCAGAUUGCUAGUGGUGGCAGGAUGCUAGAAGGAAUGUGGUUCUGAGGUGGGAAGAGGGCAAGGAAAAGUCCUUUUGAUUUUCGUGUGUAGCUUGUGUCUUAUUUAAGUGAAUGAAUGCCUAACUAGGCACAAACAGCGUCGGUGCCUGAAGCUGAGGGGGUGGAGGGGGUUGGUUGUUUUUUUUUUUUUAAAGCCGUGAUACCCCAGAGGAGAACCAGUGAAUUAUUACAAGAUCGGCUCUUAUAGAGCGGCCAUAGUAUUCUGUCAAAAUAUUUGCUUCCAUUUUCAACGAUAAAAUCAUUGAUUACAAAA